AAUAAAUUGGAUGAAAAUCUUUCCUUUCGAGAGAAGUGUUUAAAGACAAAAUCUCGGGUUUCUCGUAUUCACACCCACUGGGUUCGUUCUUUACAAAUUUGUUCUCUAUCUGCAUUCUCCACCUUUCUGUUUUUCAGAUCACUAACUAUAUUACCAUUCCAUUACCCGCUAGGAUCAAUAUGCCAGUCAUGGCGACAUUAAUGAGUAGGCAGCAUUUGCUGACCUACAUCUACCUUCUGGUUUACAUUUCCCUUUCCUCAGGUGUUAUUUUGUAUAACAAGUGGGUCCUCUCCACGCUGUAUUUUAAUUUUCCAUUUCCAAUAACACUCACCAUGAUCCAUAUGGCUUUUUCUGGUGGAGUUGCAUUUUUCCUAAUCCGUGUUCUGAAGGUUGUAGCGCCUGUUAAAAUGACAAUUCAUAUAUAUGUAACUUGCGUGGUCCCUAUAAGCGCCUUCUUUGCAGCAAGUCUGUGGUUUGGGAACACUGCUUAUUUAUACAUUUCUGUGGCUUUCAUCCAGAUGCUUAAAGCCCUGAUGCCAGUGGCAACAUUUCUUGUGGCUGUUACUCUUGGAACUGAGAGAUUAAGGUGUGACGUAUUCUGGAACAUGGUGUUGGUCAGUGUUGGAGUUGUCAUUUCCUCCUAUGGGGAAAUUCAUUUUAAUGUGAUCGGUACAGUUUAUCAAGUAUCAGGAAUAGCUGCUGAAGCAUUGAGGCUGGUCUUAACUCAAGUUCUUCUUCAAAAUAAAGGCUUGACGCUAAAUCCCAUUACCAGCUUGUAUUACAUAGCACCCUGCAGCUUUGUAUUCCUUUUUAUUCCAUGGUAUAUCCUUGAGAAGCCCGAGAUGGAAGCUCCACAUAUGCAGUUUAACUUCUGGAUAUUCUUUUCAAAUGCUCUUUGUGCUUUGGCAUUGAACUUCUCAACAUUCUUGGUAAUUGGUAGAACUGGGGCUGUAACUAUUCGAGUGGCUGGAGUUUUGAAAGACUGGCUACUUAUCUCUCUUUCAACUGUCCUAUUUCCUGAAUCAAAGAUUACAGGAUUGAAUGUCAUUGGCUAUGCUAUUGCUUUAAGUGGCGUUGUUUGUUACAACUACCUGAAGAUCAGGGAUGUGCGCACAUCUCAACUUCAAAUUACCCCAGAUGAAUCAGAAAAGGAGCUGCUGAUGGAGAAAAAGGCAGAUGAUGAUGUCAGCAGCAACAAGGAGACUCUAUGGAAUGAUUCAUUUUCUGAUUCACAUUCUCAUUCUCAUUCUCAUUUUGACGAAGAAGCACCUUUAAUGUACUCGUCACGGAUAUCUCAUCUUGGAAGAAAGCCAGCAUAGCAACAGUCUAGCUUAGAGACAAAAGAACAUUCAUCUUGGAAGAAAGCUAGCUUAUCAACAAUCUGAGUUUUAAGAGUCAAGGAUCUUAAAGGAACCAAAUCAAGUAUAUGUCUUAACCUUUCUUCCCAAAAGAACGUACGGAGACUCCAUUAGAAUAGGGAGGAAAAUCAAAAGAGGGAAAACAGAGCAGUGGAAACAUACAUAUUCUUUCGGCAGAGUUGAUUUCUUUUUAUGUUAAAAGUAUUCUUUAGUAAAUUAAUUCAUUUUUGUAUAGGCUUUGGCUGGACCAUGCAAUGAAGGUUCUAUUUAUUCCACAUGGACUGAUAUAACUCGGAUCGAUGAUUAUCAUCAAGUUGCCAGUGUACUUGAUAUUUAUUUUUACCUAUUUUUGCUGACUGUUAAUUUAAAAUGAAAAUGUUUGACAAUGAUAUGACUUCUCAUUUUCUUGGUGAA